GUUGAUUCCCAAUACUCCUGGUUGGGCUUCAUUGGUACUUUCUGCGCAAACGGAUUUUGACUAUUCAUCCAAUCUCUGGAACUUUCUUUUCCUUCUGAAACCUGUGAUCAACGCUAAACUACAAUAAAGAUGGCUUCCGAAAAGAAGGACAAGCUUGAGCCGCAGAUCAAGUCCGUCGAUAUGACGGAGGACAUGCAGCAGGAGGCUGUUGAAAUUGCGAUCGAGGCGAUGGACAAGUACCACAUUGAGAAGGAUAUUGCCCAGUACAUCAAGAGAGAGUUCGACUCGCGCAAGGGUGCAACAUGGCACUGCGUGGUGGGAAGAAACUUUGGCAGCUUUGUGACACACGAGACGAAACACUUCAUCUACUUCUACCUCGGUCACUGCGCCAUCCUCCUUUUUAAGACUCAAUAAGCAUGCGAAGGGCAGACAACGGUCGAUAUUGUUAAGCGUUUCCUGUACCUAUUUCGGAGUUCUUUGCAGGCGAGUCACGCCGAGAUAUGUUCAUAUAUAAAUUGAGAUAUUGGCGUGGUUAUUCUUAUACCAUUGCGACCGGCCGAGAGGACAUCACAUGGUGGGGGGAGCUCUGUAAACAAAAGCUACUAUUUUGCAGGAGCAUCCUCUGGGUUCCAUUAUUCGCAGAGAGGUU